AUGAAAUUUAUAGAGGAAACUUUCGAUGUCUUGCACAAAAGUCUUACAUUCAAGUGGAAUGAUGGCGAGAAAUAUGCCACAGCCAAUCCGUUCGGCGAUCCUAGGCAGUUUCAGUACCACACCCCCUGGAUCUUUGACACCCAAAAUGACGUAUUGCGCGACACCAAUUGCGGCGGUUGCAGUCAGAUUCCACCUGCACUUUUUCGAGAGCGUGUUGUAAAUAUAUCUGAUAUGGAAUCAAUCGGCGGGCUUGUACCCUUACCUUUCGAGCCAACAUUCGAUUCAGAAAUGCCUUCCUGGGACCGCAAUUUGACACAAAUUUUGCGCUGCGAUUUUCAUACCCAGUGGAGACAUAUUCCUCGAAAUGAGUACAACCCCGUGACCCUACGAGUACUUGCAAAAGCUAUCGUACUUCGAAGUUCACCACAGCACUGGGGGACAUGGCCACAGGGCGUGUCUCUUUACACACCCAGGAGGGAUGUCUUCGCCUCCCUCUCUUGGUCUCUUCGGUGGUACGCGCUACCUGAUAAAUUGAUCCCAUUUAAUGAGGCUAUAGUUACUACAUGUUUUGGUAACGCGUUUGCUGAGGACGUUUUCGCGCGUAGUAGUACGAGGGCUGUUGUGGAACAGGAGGUGUUAAAACGCGCAUAA